UGAUAAAAAUUUCGACAAGCAUGGUAAAGAGACGUUAGUGGAAAGCCAAUACUAAAUAUCUAUACGAAUAUGACUUGCAAAUAAAGCAUAACUUGGAUAACACUGAAAAAACAGUGCUGAUUAGCAGGGCUAGAAUGAACACGACAGAACUGAAUAAUAAGAAAAAGUUAAAGGGAAAAUAAACCAAAUAUUUUCAUUGAGGAAAGGCACAUAAAAAUCUUGAACUUUUUUUUACGUUAUUGCUCAGCGGUCAAUAAAUAUUGAUAGACUUAAUUUUGUGCAGCAGCUAUACAUAAAGCUAACCUAAUAGCUAAUCUUACUUGAUAUGGAUCUUAGUCGGAAAUAGAGCGAAAACAUAGUGGAAGGGAAAUUUGAAUGGACGAAAGAGCCGUUCAAAUUGGACCCCUAAAUUACUACUACUAUUAUUAUCAGCUGACUGUCAGGCAAGUUGCAACAAUCUGUUCAAAGUUCAAGUACUUUGGCCAUUGUGAAGUAGGACGAGUUACGUAACAUUUAACAGGAUGAUACAUCUCAUAUGAGGAAUUAAUAAUAUUCUUAGUACAGUUUGCCUGAGUGUGGACAGUUUACCCAUCAUCAUGGUUCAGAAUUCAGGGAAACUUCAAGGGAAAACCCUUUUCAUUACUGGUGCCAGCAGGGGGAUUGGCAAAGCAAUAGCUCUCAAAGCAGCUAGGGAUGGAGCAAAUGUUGUCAUAGCAGCCAAGACUGCUGAGCCACAUCCCAAACUUCCAGGCACCAUUUACACAGCAGCUAAAGAGAUUGAAGCAGUUGGUGGACAAGCACUUCCUUGCAUUGUUGACGUCAGGGAUGAGACAUCUGUUGCGAAAGCUGUAGAGGCCACAUUGAAGAGAUUUGGCGGUAUAGACUGUGUGGUUAACAAUGCUAGUGCCAUCUCUCUAACCGGAACUUUGGAGACUCCCAUGAAGAGAUAUGAUUUAAUGCACCACAUAAAUACAAGAGGAACUUACCUUGUGUCAAAAUUAUGCAUACCUCACCUACUAAGGAGUUCUAAUCCUCACAUUCUUAACAUUUCCCCUCCUCUCAACAUGAACCCACGAUGGUUUAAGGACCAUGCAGCAUACACCAUGGCUAAAUAUGGUAUGUCCAUGUGUGUCUUAGGAAUGGCAGAAGAAUUUAGGGAUGAAGGAAUAGCAUGUAAUGCACUGUGGCCUGAAACAGCCAUUACUACAGCAGCAACAAAGUUUCUUGGAGGAGGUGACUCGAUGGAUAAAUUUUCUCGAAAGCCUGAUAUUAUGGCUGAUGCUGCUUAUGUCAUGCUCUGCAAAAAUUCUAGAUCAUACACUGGGAACUUUGCUAUUGACUCACAAGUUCUUAUGGAUGAGGGCAUUACUGACCUGUCUUCAUAUGCUGUUGACCCAAAUUCUCCUUUAGCCCCAGAUUUCUUCUUAGAUGGGUAUGAAGAACACUUGUCCAAGGUAGGGGGUGAAAAUGUCAAGAGGAGAUUUGUUGGGGGGAAGGAUACAUUGUCAAAGCUGUAAAGUACUAAUGGGUCAUGAACAAGUAAGUCAUCGGUGGUUAUUUGGAUGUCCAAGUCAUUGGUCUUGUCAGAUUAUAUGAUAAAUAUAUGUUCAACUUACAAAUUUCACCAGUACUUAGUAUUGUUAUUUUUAUUGAAGCUAAUGGUAUUGUUCACUGAUGCUAUCUGUUUAUCAAGACUUUGCAUCAUUCUAUGUACUUUACAUCUUUUUUCUCUUCAGGCAAGCUUGUCAGGAAUAAGGCAAAAUUAUUAAAAAUGGAAAGAAUCUGGAAUAAUUUUUCCUUAUUCCUUAGAAGCUUGCCUUAAGAGAAAAAGAAUACGUAUAGACUGACUCAAAGUCUUCAUAAAAAGGUAAUAUAUCUGUGAACAAUGCCAUUAACUUGAAUUGCAUAAGAGAGAAAAGAUGCUCAAAUAGCAUACUACUUUGCAUUGUUACAUUAACAUAAGGAUCAAAAUUGAUUUUGGUAUGACUGUGCUUGGGUAGUUUGUAAACACUGGUUAUGAUACAGACCAUUUUUGUACAAGAUGUAUUUAAAGGUUGCAGAGUUUUGCCCUCUUGAAAACCUAAUUCAAGAGUUCAUAGAAUAAGCCUUUAAAUUCAUCUCACCAGGGGAAUUCUUUUUCAGUUGGGAACAUUUGGUUUGUUCAUACGCGGAACAAACCUUCGGUCUUAACAAUAGGAUAAUUCUUCUAGUGCUAGCUGGAAACCGGUAAAAACAAUCUAAGAUUGUAAAAAAAGGAAUCUGUGGCAUCUGACAACUCAUGCAUAUACGCGGUGGAUGUUUGGUCAUCGACCAAGCUCGGACCCCCGUGAUAUGCCAGUCUUUUCUUUUACCGCCUUGGAGAGCGGAGUUUUGCUUCGCACUCCUUUUCAAAGCUGGUUUUGUGAUCAUAUCCUGCACUUGAUUUCUAAUUUUUUUGCAGCCUAGAAGUUCCAUGGACAUCAGUGUUUUUAGACAAGCCUUCCAUGUUGCUGUGUUGAACUUCCUUGGGGCAGAGGCUGUUGCAGUAGAUACGUCUUUAACUCUGCAUUGGCAUUACUUGCAUUAUGUGUGAUAGGCUGGUCCAUCUCCUAGAGAGUAUUGCCUCUUCAGAGAAACAGGACCCCUUAAUUUGGUUUAGUGUUUUAUAUAUCUUUCACACAUGUCUGGGAACUUUGUAAUGUUUUAGUCUUUCAGAUAUUGUGUGCUUUCAGGAUGUUUGGAAUGAAUUUUAAUGGCUGAUGAUUCGAUCUUCCGUUCUACUAUUUGCAGGGCCAGUCAUGAUUGUCAUCUUGUCUCUUUCUGUCAUUUAAUAGGAGUGGGGCGCGGGCGGUAUGGCUCUCAUCCGUCUUUCCUUCCAUCCUCACACAUAAUUAUUUUAGUCUCUCAGGUUACGGUCUCCUUCCUGAGAGAGAGAGAAUUUUCGUUUAUUUACAGAUUCUGAAGUUGUCAACCGCGUUUCUCGUCUGGAUUCUGGCAGUGGCAGUGGUCUCCCAAGACUUGGGAGCCCUCUUCUUUGCCUCCAUCUGACAGAGAUGCCAUUUCACUAAUUUUGACUUGUGUAUUUGUGCUGUGAAGAAGUGACUUGAAGCAAUCAACGCUGUCAGCGGUGGGUUCCUUGCUGUUUACGAAACCCGUUCCUGCCGAACAAUUCAACUUCGUCAUGCAGGGAUACCAACCUUAUAGCUUGCUGUGAACAUCAUUUACAUAUGAUGUUCAACUGGGUAAUGGUAUAAUUAUAAUACUAUUUUGUGUUACGUUUUCUGAACUACUCAAAAUGUUCUCUCGCUCUUUGUGACAGUGUCUGCAGUGUGACGUCGUGAAUGGGCAUGUGACAUUAUGGAUUCUGCUGACUGCAUAGUUGUUGCUGCUCUGAGUAUCGAUUUCCCCCCAUAUUUCUCCGACAGUGGUUUUUUUCAUGAAGAUUCGUCGCUAUCCGUCACGUAUACGUGUCCUGGGAGUCCAUCUAGUUAUUGUAGGAGAUGUCAGGAUGCUUCUUUUGCCAUCUUCACUGUCACCAACAGCCCAAUGUUGUAAUGUCAUUCUCAUACAUCUCUGCCCGUGAUGUCUGCUUAGGUGGUGUCUCUCCUACUCCUGUUGAGCAGUGAUGCGACUUUCAACUUUGCCAUCGUGGUUGGUUGUAGCCCAUCAGUAUGAUCUUCCUGGAGUUGAUAUUUGGAUGGACUGCUGUGUUUGGUAGUAGCUGUUCUGGAGUUUCUACCACCGAAAGGAGGAAUGCAUCUAAUAUCUUUAUUUCAGAUUGGAGUCAUCCAAGAUGGCGGUUGUUUGGGCAUCGCUUGGGCUACAGGGUUCUCCUUCCUUGGAUGGGCUGUUGUCGCAUUUCUUGGAAGCAUGUAUCCCACCAACGGCCCCUUUAGCAGUACUGCCUUCCCCAGGACUCCUACAUUGGCUCUCAUGUGCUGCCACCUUUCAGAGCCCCUUUUUCAUUGUUGACGCCCUCUGGGUCGCUCCGUAUCACUCCGCCAGUGAGGCCAUCAACCAGCGCUGGUCUUAGAGAUGUCAUGACUUCAUUCCCAGCGUCCUCUCAGCCUAUGACGUCAGAUGUGGUGGCCACACAUCCUCCAGUUUUGACGUCAUCGUCUUAUCUCACUGAACCGUCGAGGUAUUGGUUCAAGUGGUCUCCAAGAGGCUGGACUGUUUUGCAAGAGACGAUUUCUGAGGUAUCUACAAAGAAGAAGAGUCAUAUCGGAGGGACUCUUCCCGACUCCUACUUCUAAGAGACUGCGUAGAGAUACCGGUUUCAGAGAUACCGGUUUCACUACUUCUCCUACCUCUUCUCCAUCACCACCUCGCCAUCGUGUCAGACGUUGGAGGAUCAAGGACUUUGUGGUUUUGUCAGCUGGGAGUGAAGGAGUGCAUUAACAUCUGCCUCACAAGGUCGUGUUUUUCCCACACGUUCACGUUCGUGAGGUUGGAAGUGGCGCUAGUGGAAGGAAGGCUUUCUCGGAGCAAUCUUCUCACUGAUGUCCCAACUUGUUUUGCCCCACAUGACACAAUGUGUACGGGUGGCAUCACUGGUCCGUGUACGUGGUUCAUCACUUGUCCAAGUACGUGACCAUCGCUUGUCCAUGUACAUGAUUCAGCACAUAUCCAGCUGCUUGAUAUGUAUUUUUAAGCCAACAGCCAUACCACAUUGAAAGCAUUGCUUCUUGUCCGAUCAGCGAACCCACUUCUGUAUACCAAUGUCCAUGGAUGUGUAGUACCAUGACCACAUCCGUACACCAACGUCCACUUCCAUACACUAACUUUCAUCAAUGUAUACCAACAUACACGUACAUGUAAGCGGCCAUGUAUGUGUACCAUUGCCCACGUCCGUAUACCAAGUUCACAUACAUGGUUCAUCGAACCGUCACAUCCAGUGUCUUCUCUUCAAGUUACAUUGUGUUCAGAAGCAUAGUUAUUUUGACUAACGAUGACGACCUACCAAAAGGUCAUUCACAACGUCUUUGCAAAUGCCAGUCAAUGGAUUCAUUCAAUCAAGCCAUCCAGCGUUCUUUGGGAUUCAGGCCAAGACACUUCAAGGAAAAGGAAGCUUAGGAAAUGCUGGCCUUUCUAUUUUAGUCUAGCCUAAGUAAUUGCAUUCUUACCUGGCAAGUUGCUAACACGACCUAGCCUAAGUGGGUAAAGUCUUAGAAUAGUCUAGAUAAUUCAAAAGCCUUCUUAACCUAGCCUAAGUAGUUGAGUUCGUAGCCUAGCAAGUGCUGAUAUCUAAGCUAAUCUUAUCCUUAGCCUAACUAGUUUAAAGCAGCUUUAAUCAAGUCUAAGUGGUUAAGUUCUUAGCCUACCCUGUCUAGUUCUAAGCUACUUCAAUCUGGUCUAAACAGUUGAAUUCUUAAUCUAGUGUAACUCAUGAGUCUUUAGCCUAGUUUAACUAGUUCAAGCAUACCUUAUCCUAGUCUAAGUUUUUAGCCUAGUCUAACUAGUCUAAAGCUACCUUGACAUAGUCUAAGUGGUUGUUCUUAGCCUAACUUAACUAGUCAAAGCUACCUUAACCUAGCAUAAUAGGUUCAGUUCUUAGCUUAGCUAAAUACUCCAGUUCUUAACCUUGCAAGUGGUUAAUUCACGAACUAGCGUAGCUUGUAUCGUUGGAUAGAACCUUUGUUUCUAUCUUAGCUGAGCCUAAGUACUAGGAUUCUGGCAUAGCUGGCUUACAGGGAUAAGUUCUUAGACUAACCUAGAAUGACAAUUGAUGGGUACGCUAGUUAAACCUUCCCUGACCUAUUUAUUCUAGCCUAGGUGUUGGGUCCUAGAGCUAGCCUCAAUUGAGCAAACAUAUUUCUCCAUAUUUCUGCUAGCCUAAGUGUUGGAGUUCUCAGCCUAGCCUACCUCUUGAUUAUGCAAAAUUUUCCAUGCUUUAAGAAGUCGACUUUGGGUUAGGUUAGGUUCGAUUCCUAGAUUAACCUUCUCCAUACGAAUGUCCUGAUCAGUAAUGUAACUUGUAGUCUGGUGGCCUUUCCUUCAAAUUACGUAGGAUCCAUCUUAGCUCUGUCUAUGUUGCUCUGGAACACCGCCAUGAUGGUUCCUUAGCCUAGAAAGAGGCCCUGGGACCUAUCACUAUAGGUCGACUCCUCUGAUGAGUAGCAUACUGAUUGUAGGUCAUCAUAAGGUAUAACCUUAUAAGAAAUCUCUACUGUAGAAGAUGCAUGUCUCCAGGGCGGCUCAAGGACUUCUUCCAGUUCUACAGGCAGUUACUUUGUCAUGCGAAAGUUUACAGUAGGACAUUUGGAGAUGAUAUCUGUACUGAGUUUUUUAUUUUAGGACAUCCCCAUAGGGUACCCUAUUAUCUUUUCGACCUUUUGAAGACUUUUUUUUUUAAGCCUUGUCUUACUCACGGAUUCUAGAAGUCUUCUAUUCAGUCUCAGAAUUGUUCAUUUGGGAUGAAAAAUCCUUUCUGCCGCCAGCUCCUUUCUUUUGACAGUCAAGAUGCACCAGUGUGCAAUCGAAACCUGUGGAGCUCAUAGUAAGCUACUUCCAAGCAGGAGGAUUGUGUUGACCGAUAUUCCAGACAGUGGAGUACAGACUCGAGUGUAGAGUGGUCUUUGAAGCAGGAAGUAGUGGUUUACUUUUUUUUUUUUUUUUUUUUUUUUUUUUUUUUAUUUAGGGAAGAUCAAGGUUAGACCUCUUUUCCUUUCGCUGCAACAAUAAACUAGGAGUCGAGGAUCCUCUUCCUCAGACAGAGGAUGCUCUUUAGCAUCUUUUGCGCAAUCUCCAGAAAGGCAUUCCAUCAGUUCUGCCAGAUAUGCCAGGUCCUAAGCAGAGAAAUCUUUGGGAUCCGUUAGGUACUGGAGAGGGUUUGGGCAGAACUGUGAGCUGCAGAAAUUUCAGUGUGUCUUUGGUGAUUCUCCUGUGUACACAGGUGGAGUGGUUCCCAGAGCUAAUAUAUCUUUCAACAUUUCUGAGAGAAAUUCUUCAUGGGCCCUUCCUUACCAGCCUCAUGUGGAAACGUUCCACCAGGCAAUAAAAUCUCUGUUGCUUCACAUCUGGGACAAGUGGGCCACGUCAGUGAGCUGUUAUGGGAUUUUUUUUUUUUUUUCACAGAAAUGAAAAGGUAUUUACGUUUCAGCUUUCAGGAACUGCAGGGCCAACUUUGGUUUGAUUCUGCUCCUUAAAAGGCUCAGACACUUCUUCAUCCUGGGAAUUAGUGGUGUGUUUUGGAGUGUUGUACAGUCCUAUUCAACAAAGGAACUCAAAUGUACAAUGUGCGAUCUUACUCUGGUCUUGAGUAGUCUCACUUGAGCUUCAUGUAACCACUACGUCAAUAGUUAAUAUAAGAUCUGACCCUGAGACAGAUCUUCCUGUUUGCAUUGACUUCCUCAAAAGAGAGAGUUAACUUCAUGGCAGAAGGGUCAUUGACUUUUGUUUUGGCACCGGUCCGUCCAGAAUGAAAGUAUCCAAGAUCUCCUUGUCAUUCUGGCCGUGUGAAGUAAUUAAAAAGAAUACUUCAUAUCAGAUAGUUCUACCACAGAGUCUGUGCAGGCUAGUUCAUAUCACAUCAGAGGAAUGAGUUCCUCUUUGGCAAUUAGGAAGAAUUUGUCUGUUCAUAGGGUUUUGAAUGUUGGUUCCUGGCUUAAGCAGACCACGUUCACUUCCUUUUCAAGAAGGACAUUGCCCACAGGUCCUUGGACACUUUUCGUUGGGUCUAGUGGUGGCUGCCCAUCAAGUUGAGUAACUCAUCCAGUGCCCCCAGCGGGACAGUUGGUAUCUUACCUAAGAUGAUUGUGAGGGAGAUGGUUGGUCUCCUCCUUUCUCCUUUUCCCUUUUCUUCUUCCUGGUAGCACUUACUCCUCUCUCCAACAAAGGGAGAGAGGAGUAGCAACAAAUCCCUGUGGCAGAUGUGAUUCGUAGCUUGAACAGACACAAUUCUUUUUACCUCCCGCUAAUACAAUGAAUCUGGACAUCUCUCAUUGUGUUUCAUCCCAGAAGGUUGAAUUUUUUGGAUACUUGUUUAUCUAUUCUUUCAUGGGCUCAGAUCCCCUUCCUUAGAACUUGAUCUUCUAGGAAGGGUAGUCAGGCGGGCUGAAGCGCCAGCCGGUUCUGGAUACUUGUACCUCCCUCCAAGUAUAAGUCUAUCCUGUUGUUAAGACAGAUGGUUUGUUCUGCAUAUGAACAAAUGACAAAUUUUUGAUCAUUUUGUAUUUUUCAUAGCUAACAAAUCUGAAGUCUUAAACUGCCUACCUCUAGCUGCCCCUCUCAUAUCAUGGGUUGGAAGAAAGACUGACAUAUCGCGGGAGUCCGAGCUUGGUCAAUGACCAAACAUCUGCCACUUAUAUGCAUGAGUUUGCUAAAUGCCAGAGAUUCCUUUUUUACAAUCUUUGAUUGUUUUUACUGGUUUCCAGCUAGUGCUAGAAGAAUUAUCCUAAUGUUAAGACCUCAGGUUUGUUAGCUUUGAAAAAUACAAAUUAAUUAAAAAUGUGUACGUAAUUUUCUUUCAUUUUAUCCUAGUUCUUAUAUGGUGAUUUAUAUACAUCACUGUAAGAACAACUGUUGAACUCAUAUCUGUGCUUUCCUCAUUAAAUAGGUUAUAGCUGCUCAUUACUCAUGUAUGGUUGCAUUGCCUUCUAGAGGACUGCUAAAAUAAAGCAAUUUCCUCAAUUGAGGUUUCAUUUGCUGCAGGAGCUGGAUUGAUGUAAUGUGCCACAAGAAUAUGGUUGCUUGUAACCAACUCAAAACUGAACACAUUUGUAACCAGUAGGAAGUAACCAAGAACAGGCAUAUGUGGAAAAUGAGAAGAAAAAAUAGAAAAAAAUAUCAUUAGCUUUCAUUAUCCACAACAUUAUCUUGCUUAUGCAGCUGUAAGUCAGAUUGGUUAAGCAUUUUGUAUCCCGUGUUCUUUGUAAAGGAUCAGUCAGGCUGAAGGAUGGACUUGAAUUGUACAUUUUUUUUUUUUUUUUUUUUUUUGUGGUUUGCUCUUUGUUUAAUAUUGUAUUUAAGAAUUGCCACUGUUUAUAUGUAAAUCUGCAAAGAAAUAUAGAUGGUCACUUGAA